UACUCACCACUAUCCUCAGAACAGUGGAGCUGCUUGCCAGAGAAGCAUCUACAUCUUGCCUACCUGACAUUACAUUUAAACUUUUGAUUAUGCAACUUUUUCUGAUUUCUGCAAACUGAAAAGCACUAAGAUUUAUCGCUUCAUCUUGGAGAGCGCGACGGUGUUUGAAUAACAAACGGACCAGUUUUUACGCACGCAAUUUGUGUCCAGUGUAUGCAGGUUGUUGGGAUAGCCGCUCCAACAGACAGAAAAGUUAUGGAUAAGUCGUUUAGUGGUCUGGAAGAUUAGACCAUGGUAUGUGCGUCCACAGAUCAAUGUUUUUGAUGCGCGUCAUGAUUUUCUAGGCUCUUCACAGUGAAUGUAUGUGGCCCGCUGUUGCCAGUUACAUGUUGUAAAUAAUCGCUUCUUGGAUAUGGAUACAAUGAAACAAACAGCUGCUGUUGCAGAGAUACUGGCCUCCAAGGAUUGCACAUUACAGUUGCGGGAAAGGAGACAAUGCGAUAAGCACUCUCGGGAAAGAAUAGAGGCAGAGAUGGAUCGGGUGCGAACUCGGGAGAGAUUGGAAGCCACUCUAGCGGGUCUCGGAGAGCUGGAAUACUUGAGACAGCGACAGGAAUUACUGGUCAGAAAUGUGUUGAAUCACCAGGAGUAUUCUAUACCAACAGAAGAUCCAAUGUGCGUUACCCGUGAGGAGAAUUACUUGAACUCGGAGGAAAAACUUCUAGAAGAAAAUAUUUUAUUGCUAAGAAAACAGCUGGUAUGUAGACUGAAUAUAAAGUCAUGUAUUUAUUCCACCAAAGUGUUUUGGAUAACAUUAAUACUUAUCAUCAUAAUUAGGCUGAGUUUUAUUUGCAUCCGUUAUAUUUUAUAAACUAAUAUUUUGGUUAGCCUACAUUUCAAAAGCUGUCGUGGUUAAGGGCUUGUAAGUAAGCAUUUCACGGUAAGGUCUACACCUGUUGUUUUCGGCGCAUGUGACAAAUACAAUUUGAUUUGAUUUGAAAUACAAGUCACUCUAUUAGUGUGUCGUUGGAUUGAGUCCAUCCGAAUUGUUAAACAAGAGGUCUAUUUUCUGACUGAGUCGCAGCUCCAGUCCAUUCACGUCCAGGGAAAAUGAGAACAUAGCGGAACAUAGCCAAGACAAGCCUACUGAUAAAAGUUGGCGACGUUGUUUGCUUCGCCAGGCAGGCGCAGACAAGAGGUGCGAAGUCUGUGAAAGGUUGAGGGAUAUGUCUAUGAUAAAGGUUUACAAUAAAAAAACAGCCCUGUAAAUUAGAUUUCCAGAAUCAUUUUAUAAUUGUGGCCCUUUAGUAGCAUAUGACCAGCUGUAGCCUUUUUUCACUCACUCACAGAUAAAAUCAUGGAUACAUUUGUAACCUAAUAUUUUGGAAAAGUUCUAUGUAAUUAUUUUCUUCUGAUUACAAUAAAUGAACGAUUCCAUUAGAUCGAUCUGGCAUUAUAAACCAAUGCAAGCAAUUGGGCGUCCAAAGGCCGAAGUUCGCACAGAAAUGGAGAGAAUAGCAAGAUGGCUAUUAGAAAGGAAUGAGUGUUAUUUAAAUCAAACUUCCUGAAGGGAGAAGGAAACUCCUGAUGUACUCAUGUGGUCUGCGAGGGGGUCCAGCCGCUUGAAUGAGAUUUACUGAUGAGUUACAAUGGAUGGGGAGACUGAAAUGAACUUUUGCAAGCAGAUCUCCCACCCCCUGCUGCUGUUAAAGGAUGCCAGGGAGUUAUUGGCUGGUUGUUUGAGAUUAGGCCAUUUAAACCGACCAAAAUACACCUGGGUUCAAUUAGGCAGAAAGGCAGUAAGGGCAAAAAUCAUGAAUGGACUCAGUAUUAAAAUGUAUUGGGAAAAAGUUGCAAUUGUUGUAUUAUACCCUAACCCCAUAGGGUUUAUUGUAGGCCUAAAUUAAAUCAGAUUGGUUUUCAAAUUCAUUCUAUCAUUACAGACCAUUUCCCUCUCAGCCUACACAGACAUUCCCUAGUAAAAUACCAUUUUGACAUUUACACAUUCUCACUGGUUUGUUAAAUUACCCUGUCAACCCAGUGGGGGGAUAAUUUUAUUCAGCAAAACAACCAUUGGUCUGCCUCUGCUAGAGAUGCCUUUCCCAAAUGGUACUUUGUGUGGAAAUGUUUUCUGAAGCCAUAGCAUGCUCAGAGCACAUUAAUCACCCUCUGCCUCCUGUCAGAGGCCUGGUUUUAUGGCCUGCCAAUCUGCUGCAGAGAGAGAAGAGAGAGAGGAAGUGUUGCAGCUCAAUAUAGCCUGGAGUGUGUGUGUGUGUGUCAUUACUAGCCUCAGUCAUGGAGCAAAUGGUAGCUAAAAUGCAUAAUGCACAGGGGACAGGCCUCCUGAGAUGGCUACCGCCUAUAUCUGUUGCCACAUAAUUGUCACAAAUGUAGUGAAUGUAAAUAGGGUCUGACUGUCACUGAGCCUUCAGGGUUGACAUUUUCAGUUGGUCUUUGAAUUCAAACCACACUCUAGAGCGGAAUGGUGGAAUGGAACCACCACAUGAUCUGGGUGAUGUCAUGUAUGACCCUGGCUGUUCCACAUAACCCGCAUGUUUGAUCGAGGAAUUGUUUUGCUCCCACAAGACGUGAUUCUAAUUUAGUUGGGAUACUAAUGGGUUUUGAUAGGGCGACAUGGUCUCGCCAAGAUGUUGAAGACUUGCAGCACAGUAACUAGAGGCUUACUUUCAAUGACCAACAUUCAAGGCUAUAGAAUUAAUCAGAAAUGUAACCAAAAAUAAGGAGAUAAACAUUCUGUUGCUAUACAGAACAACACUAAGGAUUAAGCUAUAAUAAUAAUAAUAAUAAUAAUAAUAAUAAUUUGGUGGGUGCUUAUAUUUGUCCUAUUUCACACAUGUACAACUCAGUGGCCUUGUGGUUAGUGUCCGCCCUGAGAUUGGAAGGUAGGGAGUUCGAUCCCCGGCAGUGUCAUACCAAAGACUGUAAAAAUGGGACUCAAUGCGUCUCUGCUUGGCACUCAGCAUUAAGGAGAUAGGUUGGGGGUAAGGCCACUUACUUACAAGUGUGUAUUAAUAUGCAUGUGUGAAUUGGAAAUGUGAUUUUUGCAUAUCCCAACUCUCCCUGAGACACCCUCAGUGGGGCCAGCUGUAGAUGUCAUAGGCAUAACUAGCUGUAGUCCAGGGCUGAAGGCAAGCUGCACUAACGCCCUGGACAAGAGCUAAGGCAGAACUAACUGUACUUGCUGUACAACUGUAACUAACUGUGUUACCUGUGUGUGUGUUUCCCUCCAGAACUGCCUGAGAAGGAGAGAUGCUGGUUUGAUCAAUCAGCUGCAGGAGCUGGACAGGCAGAUCAGUGACCUCCGAUUGGACACUGAGGUGUCACGUGAGCAUGUGGAGACAGACAGCCGCCCAAGCUCAGGUUAGUCUGGUUCUACAAUAGAAUUAGAAUGGAUUCUAAAGGUUCUACCUCAGAAUGUUACCCUGUGAAAACUAGACAUGAUUAGUAGUAUCUGUCAACUGAGUCAUUUCAACUUAACUGAAGUAAUUGAGGAUACUGCAAAACGUGUAAUCCCCCAAAGGUAUAGGGUUUUUAACACAGGGGUUCUCAAAUGAGGUCCAUGGACCGAUCUAAAAAUAUAUAACAAAUAUAUAUAUUAUUAGGUACACCCGUCUAGUACCGGGUUGGACCCCCCCCUUUGCCUCCAGAACAGCUACAGAUAUGCUGUGGUGUUCAAUCGUUGCUCCGUUGGUAUCAAGGGACCUAAUGUGUGCCAGGAAAACAUUCCCACACCAUUACACCACCGCCACCAGCCUGUACCAUUGACACCAGGCAGAAUGGGGCCAUGGACUUAUGCUACUUACGCCAAAUCCUGACUCUGCUAUCAGCAUGACACAACAGGAACCGGGAUUCGUCGGACCAGGCAAUGUUUCUCCACUCCUAAUUUGUCCAGUGUUGGUGAUUGCCUUCCCACUGGAGCUGCUGCUUCUUGUUUUUAGCUGAUAGGAGUGGAACCAGGUGUGGUCGUCUGCUGCAAUAGCCCAUCCGUGACAAGGAUCGACGAGUUGUGCGUUCCGAGAUGCCGUUCUGCACACCACUGUUGUACAGCGCCGUUAUUUGCCUGUUUGUGGCCCGCCUGUUAGCUUGCACGAUUCUUGCCAUUAUCCUUUCACCUCUCUCAUCAAAGAGCUGUUUUCGCACACAGGACUGCCGCUGACUGGAUGUUUUUUGUUGGUCGCACCACUCUCGUUAAACCCUAGACACUGUCGUGCGUAGAAGGCCCAGGAGGCCGGUCGUUUCUGAGAUACUGGAACCGGCGCGCCUGGCACCGACGAUCAUACCACGCUCAAAGUCACUUAGGUCACUCGUUUUGCCCAUUCUAAUGAUUAAUCUAACAGUAACUGAAUGCCUCAAUGCCUGUUUGUCUGCUUUAUAUAGCAAGCCACGUGACUCACUGUCUGUAGAAGCGAAACAUUUUCGUGAAUGGGGUGGUGUACAUAAUAAAAUAUUUAACAUUUCAUUUUUUUAAAUGAAUAUUACUAACAACAGAUUAAACAAAUGUUGGCCAAAGGAUCCGUGGAAUAAGUUGAUAGGGUGUAAUAUAAUGUAAUUAUAUAUUUAUUUAUUUAUUUAUUAUUGGGCAUACAAUAACAAUUUCAUUCUAAUGGUGCAGCCUUCUUAUUGGUCAACAAAAGACGGACCGUUUCUUGUUGUCAAAUUAACUGGGGCAAGCUUCAAACAUGUAGAAAUCGCUCAGCCCCAGUCAAUUUGACAACAAGAGACGUUUGUCUUUUGUUGACCAAUAUGAAGGCUGAACCAUUAGUUUCACAAUAUUUUUCCACAAAAAAUUGCAUUCUAUCAUUCCACCAUUCCACAUAUUCACAGUACUCCACCAAUUAUGCAUUUUCCAACUCAAUACUUCUUGUAUUCCCCUUAAAAAAAUGUGAACAUAAAUGCACUGCAAUUCAAGCUUCAAAACGGUUUCCUCAAAAUGUGUAGAAAUGCAGGAUGUUAGCCUUAAAGCUGCAACAACAAAAAUAGUCUCUGCCCCAUGACAAAAUGUGUAGAAUUGCAGGAAAUUAGCUUGAAGACUGGGUUCCCAGGGUCCAAGACUUGGUUUGUCAGGCCAUGCACUGCCAAAGUCAUAGUAAAACUCCUUGUAUGAUAUUUUUAUCUCACUCGAGUUGUGUUCUGAUUUGAUGGGGUCCCUGAUGAAUUUACUAUCACAAAAGGGGUCUCCGGCCACAAAGUUUGAGAACCCCUGUCUUAGCAAAUAAACACAAACAUGACAUAGAAAUGACUGGCAAUGCAAAAAAGAUAUAUAGUUUUAAAUGGGCAACAAUCUCACACAGAGAAUUAGCAUUCCACCAGUCAAGCGUGCCAAGAAAUUACAGAGCGGAUGUAGGGUAUGCUAUGCUGCAAAUAGAAGAAACGUUCAUCUAGUCUAAUAUAAACCCCAUCUACACAAAAAGCCUUGUUUUCUAAGUGCUUGAGAUUUUCUGCCUUAAUUCUUUUAAUAGCCGCAGCCUGUCAUGUAAUAAAUUGCUGGACGACAGCUUCCUCCGUGCGGCGUGUAAAAUCAAUGUGUUAAAAUGUUCCCUUCUGUUUCUCUGCCCUCUCUCUCUGUGUCGCUCUCUCUCUCUCUCUCUGUCUCUCUCUCUCCAGGCUUUUACGAGCUGAGCGACGGCGCUUCAGGGUCGCUCUCCAACUCAUCCAACUCGGUGUUCAGCGAGUGUUUGUCCAGCUGUCGCUCCAGCACCUGUUUCUGCAGUCCCCUCGACACAUCGCUGUGUGCCUCCGAGGGAAGGCUCAAAUCUGCAGGUGAGGGAGAAGCCUCCACACCACAGCCCCCGUAGCACUAGGGUUUGGGCCAAUUCCAUUUCAAUUCGGUUAUUUCAGGAAGUAAAAUGAAAUGCAGCAUAAGACAGCACAGCACAACAUAGACCCCCAUAGCACAGCCUCCCAUAGCACAGUCUAGGCCACCACUGCACAGCCUAGCCUAACAUAGGACAGCACAGCAAAGCCUAGGGCCCAUGGAAAUGACAUGGUCCUGGUGUUUUAUGUCACAUGGUCUGUCUAGGGAGCAACAAACAGGCUGAAUCCUUUUGUUGUCCUUUGCUGUGUAAACACACACUCUUUCCUUCUUUCCCCAAAGACCCCCGUCAGGCUGUCACACCCCCCCACCAUCUAUCCACUUAACUUGGGUCUCAGUGUCGUCUUUUAGUUCAAUGCUCCAUUCCAGCUGGCCCCAGUUCAACUUCUAAUAGUUUCCUUGGUGUCAUUGCCAUUAGUGGGGUUUGUUGUGACAACACUUUGAUUAAGUUUCAAACGAGCGAUAGAAAAAAAAAGAGUAGGAAGGAAACACAAAACACUAUUGAUGUCCAAAUGGCACCCUUUUCCCUACAUAGUGCACCAGAGCACUAUAGGCCCUUGUCAAAAGUAGUGUACUAUAUAGGGAAUAGGGUGUCAUUUGGGACAUGGCUACUGUCAGUUGAGCUAGAUUCCCAGCCAGGCCAGGCAGAUGGCUCAGCUCUAACUAACAGCCACUUAUGAUGAUAAGACACAAACAGAAGGUCCAUUAACACGUCCAAACCAACUGCCCCCUUCGUUAGCAUGUUGAGAGGAUGCUUUGCUUUGCUUCACCCUGUCAACACUACAUGCCUACUGUAAGCUUCUGUGUGGCAUUAUUGUUGAAACUAGGAAAUGGUAUGGAAACUGGUGGUAUCUGUUGUUUUAUACCAUGGAUGCGCAACUUGUAGGCCCGCAGAUCAACUUCCAGUCGGGGGGGACUCAGUCGGGAUCUCAACUUAAUGUUGAGAGUUAGAAUAGUAUAAUACACAAGGUGCAAUUUUCACGCAGAUAUCAUAUUCAAAACUGCAAACAUUUCUCUCCACCCUAUGGCAAAAUGAGUCGAAUUGCAAGAAACUUGCUUUAAAACAACGACAUUUUCUCUACGCCCCAUGGCAAAAUGUGGAGAACUCCAUUUUUUAAAUAAUUAUCCGCUGUCAAGAGGGGGGCCGCUAAAAUGUUUUACCAUCACGGUUUUAUACUGUAGUCGUGUGUGGUUUCCAUAUGAAUGACUAGUGGUGUAUCUGUUGUUCUGGAGUCCUUAUAUUCUGUCUCCUGUCUGGUUUUCAGAUGAGCUGGGCAGCUGUGCUGAGUGCGAGGGCCAGUGUGAGGAGCAGCAGAUGACAGGAACAGUCAGGAGGUCCCUCUCCGCUACCUACUCCCCCUCUACAGACACCUCCUCCACUCAGGACAUCCAGUCCAAGUACCACUGUGACCUGAUCGCCAAGAACGGCAGUGACGUGUAUCGCUAUCCCAGCCCCCUCCACGCCGUGGCCGUACAGAGCCCCAUCUUCUUACAGUCUCUGGCCGGCCACAUCAAAGAGGACGGAGGGCUGUCAAAGAGCACCGGCUGCAGCGAGGGCUCCGGUGACUGUCAGAAACUGGAGCAGCAGCCUAUUCUGGUGCCCCAGAGCACUUCCUGGUCUGCCUCCCACUCACUCGCUAAUAAACGACUGGACAAUUAUAUCUUCGGCCUGCUUCAGAGGAGGGCGCAGCCCAUGAGGACCAACAAGCCGCGGACGAGCAUCAGCACAGACCCCUCCAAGAGCAUCCUAAGGCAAGGUAGUCUGUGUGUGAGGCAGGCUAGUGUUAGCCAGCAGCCACAGGGACUGUGGACUGCUCCUGUUCCUGACCUCAAACCAGCCUGGCAGACGUGUUUACAUGCAGGAGGUGCCAGUAACAAUGAUCCAGGAACAGGCUCCCAACAGAGACAGUGGUCAGUGGAGAGCAAAGGGGAAAUCCUCUUAGAAAAUGGGAUUGUGUCCCAGUCUUUGGGCCAACCUCAGAACGGAUAUGCCACAAUCAACAGCAGUGACAUUCACAUCAACAGUCUGGUGACCACCAACAGUCUGGUGAAAAAGAAGGCAUCAACCAAUAAAGGACUUCCAUCGUCGACCGGUCCUCUGUCUAAGGAUUACCAAGACCUGGGCGCCCCUAAUGCCAACUCCUCCCCCAAAGAGAGAAAGCAAUCUUAUUUCCCUGCUGCUCCAGAGGAAAUCAGUACUAAACCCUCCCAGACACUGCCAAGAGACCUCACCAAAACAGGCACUCCCAAGAAAAGCCCUAAGAGCAACGCGGUCCAGACAGCCCAGAGCACUAUGGAAAAGAGGCCAAUGCUGGAGCUGGUGAGUCUGGGGUCUUCCUCCCAGAGCCAGGAUGAGGGUCAGGGUCACAUGGUCAAUGCCCAGUACAUCCCUGCCCAGAGGCAGGCCGUCAAGCUCCGCAAGGGGGGCAAGAACGUCAAGAUUGUGAAGGUGAAGAGCGCCUCCCUGAAACCACACAGGGGGAUGCACGCACACGCUGAGCCUGUGUCAUCAGUGGCGGCAGGGACAAGGGAGACGGGUCACCGAUCUGGAGGGUCUAGGAAGUCUCGUCAGCCUGAGGAGGUACAACAUGUGCACAAAGUCUCCUCCAAGAGGGGGGCAUCCUCCAGGGCCAAGCGCACCGUCCCAGCAUCUAUCCCCGAGGGCCGGGUCCUAGAGAAACACACGGCCAUGGUGUCCACAACAAGGUCCACUGUGACCAGGCAUCACAGCCACCAUGGCAGGGAGGUGGUGGUGGCCAAGCCCAAGUACAAGCGGACAAGCGGACAGGACUACAACCGUGGAAGGUUGAGAGCCAUCACUGAGGUGCCUUACGAUGAGGCCCUCAGGAGAGCCCACCGCAGGCAGAAGAGGGAGCUCCUCGGCCAGGUCUCCACCACCACCACCACCACCACCAUGUACCUGCCCUCCAACGUGCAGUUCACCAGCCCUUACGCCUACGUGGCCGGAAGCGACUCUGAGUACUCUGCAGAGUGCGCCUCGCUCUUCCAUUCCACCAUCAUGGACACCAGUGAGGACGAGCAGAGCAACUACACCACCAACUGCUUCGGGGACAGCGAGUCCAGCCUGAGUGAGGUGGACUUUGUUGCGGAGAGCACUACCAGCAGUGACUCUGAGGAGAGCGGAGGGAUGAACUGGCCCCAGUUUGCAGGGCAGGGUGCUGGGCCUCAGGAAGUAACCGCUGCCCAGGCUAAGGCCUUCGUCAAGAUCAAGGCCUCUCACAACCUGAAGAAGAAGAUCCUCCGCUUCCGUUCUGCGGGCUCGCUGAAACUGAUGACGACUGUAUAAGGGAGGGACUUUAUGGUGUCGGGCAGGAAGCAGCGACUAAGCCAAUCAAAUUGGCUGCUCUCUCUCUGCCCAACAAGUGCCUAGGCUGAUUUUCUUAUUUACAGUAAGUCUCUGCUAAAGUCAGUCUCCGAGACAUUUAAAGAAACAUUUUAAUUGGGUUGGUACAAAAUGUCCAGCAGACUCCCUCUCCCUGCACUUUCUGACAAACAUUGGACAGGGUGAAAAGCAUCUGAGUAGCCCCAUUAUUUGGUUGUAUGUAGCCAUUUUUUGUAUUUAUUAUGGACUUUACCCUUGCUAUAGUACAUGGCAAAAAAUCUGUAAAUGCUUUUAAUGGUUCUGGUUUACUUUUUGGAUUAAAGAUAUUUAAAACGUAAUAUAUUUGGUUGGUACUUCUUGGAUACAUAUUUGACUGAUGAUUGAUGAUUGAAGCAUAGUAUUACUUAAAAGUGGCUGUAAGGAAUAUUCAUGCAUAUAAAGACGUAGUCUAUUCUGAAAACUGACAUGUUCCUACUUGAACUGCUGAUGAUACCAUGGUAACGCUUUGAUAUAUGUACACAUAAGAUCUGCAUGAGCAACUGCUUUACCUUCAUCUGUUGUUGAUACCAAGUAGCUAGCUGUACAUUGUCAAUUGUUGUAUAAAAUGUCUGUGUGUUAAUACUGGUACUUAACCUUUUUUAUGCUUUAUUAAAUGUCUGCUUUAAAAUCAAUAUUUGGUUGUCACCCCUUCUGAAUUGUGCACUGAGGUAGCAUAGUUUGUU